AUAGCCCCCCUAAAUCCCGAGCAAAGCAUCGAUCGGCGCGACCGCUUAACGCUUUCGCAACGCAGUACAACGCCGGUACUCAUUGGAACAGGUAGUUGACUCGGAGUUGUUGCCCUUCCGCGAGUGAAUAGACCUUGACAUUUUCUUGGGCACCAGCCUGGUCCGCUCAGUGUCGAGUUAACUUUUUUGCGUCCUUCCUCUUUUCUUCUUGUUAUUUGACGUCUUUCGUAUAUAUUUAAUGUAAUUAUCGUUACAUCGAGCAGUCGCCGCGUGCACUGCUUUGUUGACGUCUCCGAGACGAUCGCUGGCUGCAACCCUCCCGCUGCAGAAGCACUGGAGUUCGCUAUAUUCGUCGUCGAAUGAUCGGGAGAUCCGGAAGAAGAAUCCAUUGCCAGCAAAGGUCGAGUUCAGAUGAGGCACCUGCGUUUCUGCGUGUAACAGAAUGGCGCUAAUCUGGUGGGAGAAGAUAUUUUUGAUGAUAGCGGCGCUCAUCAGUUUGAGGAUCCUCAUAAAAAUCGGAAUUCUAGCGUGGAAGAAGUUGAUCGCACCCGGUUUUGGAUUUGGAAUUGAUUUACGAACACAAGGCAAAUGGGCGGUGGUAACCGGCGCGACGGAUGGCCUUGGAAAGGCAUUCGCCAAAGCCCUUGCCGAGCAAGGUAUGGACAUUGUUUUGGUCUCGCGGUCCUUGUCUAAGUUGAAGGACGUGGCCGCUGAGAUCGAGCGGAAAUACAAGGUAGAGACACGCGUCGUUGAAGCUGAUUUAACCGAAGGCCAGGUGGUUUACGCGGAAAUCGGCAAAGCAACGCAGGACUUGGAGGUCGGCGUCUUGAUCAAUAACGCUGGCGCGAGCUACGAUCAUCCCGAGAUGUUCACGAAAGUGUCGGAGGAGGUCCUCGCGAGAAUAUUGCAACUGAACGUGGCCGGAGUGACCGGGGUCGCGAGAGCGGUACUGCCCGGCAUGAUGGAGCGAGGGAAAGGGGUGCUCAUUAACGUGAGUUCAACGGCCGCGGCUAUACCGAGCCCGUAUCUGUCCGUUUACGCCGCCAGUAAGGCGUAUAUCGACAAGCUCAGCGCCGACCUGGCUACGGAAGCUGCGCCGAGAGGUGUCACUGUCCAGUGCGUUCUACCCGGCCCGGUCGCCACGAAGAUGUCCAAGAUCAAGAGACCGACGUGGAUGGCGCCUACCCCGGAGAAGUUCGUCAAGGCGACUCUGAGAACGGUCGGCAUCGAGUCGCGUACGACCGGCUAUCCGCCGCACAGUUUGAUCAUCGGCUUCAUGAACGCGCUGCUCUACACGUGCGAGACGGGCGCGGUGUGGCUGGUGGCGAAGACGAUGCUCAACAUACGGGGACGAGCCCUUCGCAGGAAGCCGAAAACCCCAGUGGACGCUUCGCAGCUGGACGCUCUCUCUAGUUGAUUCUCAUCUUCGUGCAUCGUCGUUUUCUCGUUAACGAAUAACGUGGCGCGCUGUCGCGUCAGUCGCCUCUCGAGCUGCUCUUUGCCACCACUUGGCAUUUAAUUAGGUUUUGUCAUCGAUAUUUUUUCACAUCUGAAAUAUCCAUUUUUCAAAGCUAUCUUGUCAAAGAUAGAUAGCGUUUUUUAUUUCUUGUCUAUGAAGCAAUAAAUUCAUAACAAUGACAUUACGAAAAUUUAUAACAUGUUUACUAACAAUGAAAAAAAAAAAGAUAAAAAGUAAUGACUUAUGGAAGUCAUUACUUUCAAAGCAUAUAAAUUAUUCAUAAGAGUAAUGAUUCUCGUUGGAUUAAUCUUUGUUAUUGCAAUAGCGUCAAUUUUUUAUCUUUAAGGUUUCAAAAAUCUAUUAAAAAAAAAAACGUUCCUCUGUUAUACAAGACUAAUUAAUGAUAAUGUUGUUUAUACGUCUAUUCUCGAACUUUUUACUGUAAAUUGAGAGAACACUGAUGUAUUUUGUACAUUUAAUGCAUACCUAUAAUAAUUGCAGUAAUAAAAUAAUUACGUAAGCGACA